AUGCACAAUUUAAUGCUGCUGGUACUGUUGUUUUCCAUUCUGACUAGGAUAUCCAUUGCAACUUCACUGCAUAAAAAAAUACAUCCUGAUGGACGGAAAGAAUUCUCAUUUGUGAAACAAAUCAAACAGAACCAAUGCACAUGCAAUUGUCAUUGUGUUCCGCAGACCGAAAUUGACUAUACAGCGACAAAGACAAAAUCAUCAUCCAAUCAGUUCUUUGAGGAAGCACCAACAGACAACUCUGAAAUAUGGUUAAUUGAUGAAAUCACGAAACAAAAUAAUGAACAGGAGACAGAAAUAACUUCAGCUGUGGAAAUAUCCACAGACUUCGGUAGCAAAGCUAAAAAAGAUUCGAAACUGGAAGCACCGUCUUCGCCAAUCCCUGCGACUAUGGUGGGUAAAGUUUCACGCGCAACAAGCGGUGAAGAAGAAACCAAAGAAGCUUUACAAGCUGAAAAAGAAAGAGAAGAAGCUGAAGGAGUUAAAGGAGCCGGAAAGGAAAGAGUCGAAGAAAUUGUAGGAGUCGGACAGGAAGUUGAGGAAGGAGAAAAAGCUAAAGGAACUGAACAACCUGAAGGAGUUGAAGGAGCUAAAGGAAUUGAACAACCUGAAGCAGUUGAAGGAACCAAAGGAACUGAAGGAGCCGAAGAAGAUGUAGCAGCUGGAAAAGAAAAAGAAGAAACUGAAGGAAUUGAAGGUGCUGAAGGAACCGGAAAGGAAAGAGUGGCAGAAGCUGCAGGAAUCGGAAAGAAAACUGAGGAAGCCGAAAGAGCUAAAGGAACUGAGCAACCUGAAGAAGUUGAAGGAGCUGAAGGAGCUAAAGGAGCCGAAGAAGGUGUAAUGGCUGGAAAAGAAAGUGAAGGAAUUGAAGGAGACGGAGGAGCAGAAGUGACCGAAGCAGCUGGAGCAGUAGAUCUGAAAUAUAAGAAACUGGAACAAAAUGGAGAAUGGCCAACUGUGGAAGAAGCAGAAAUGCUGCCGUCCUCUUCAUUCGAAGCAGAGCAUACAACAUGGCUGCAUUCGAAUCUGUGGACAUCGACUUCGCCAAUUAUUUUGAUGAUGAAAAGUCAAAUUUCACGCACAACAAGUGGCCAAGAAGAAGCCGAUGGAGUUGUAGUAGGAGCUGGAAAGGAAAGAGUCGAAGAAGCUGCAGGAGCCGAAAAAGAAGCUGAGGAAACAGGAGGAGCUAAAGGAACUGAACAACCUGAAGGAGUUGAAGGAACUAAAAAAAUUAAAGGAGUCGAAGAAAGUGUAGCAGCAGGAAAAGAAAGAGAAGAAGCUGAAGAAGCCACAGGAGUCGGAAAGGAAGUUGAGGAAGCCGAAGGAGCUAAAGGAAUUGAACAAAUCGAAGGAGCCGAAGGAGGUGUAGCAGCUGGAAAAGAAAGUGAAGGAAUUGAAGGAGAUGGAGGAACAGAAGUGAUCGAAGCGGCUGGAGCAGUAGACAUGGAGUAUAAGAAACUGCAACAAAAAGGAGAAUGGCCAACUGUGGAAGAAGCAGAAAUGCCGCCGUCCUCUUCAUAUGAAGCAGAGCAUACAACAUGGCUGCAUUCGAAUCUGUGGACAUCGACUUCGCCAAUUAUUUUGAUGAUGAAAAGUCAAAUAUCACGCACAAAAAGUGUUCAAGAAGAAGCAGAAGAAGUUGAAGGAGCCGGAAAGGAAACAGUCGAAGAAGCUGCAGGAGUCAGAAAGGAAACUGAGGAUGCCGAAGGAGCUAAAGGAACUGAACAAGUUGAAGGUGUCGAAGAAGGCGUAGCAGCUGGAAAAGAAAGAGAAGAAGCUGAAGGAGUUGAAGGAGCCGGAAAGGAAACAGCUGAAGGAGCUGCAGGAGUCAGAAAGGAAGCUAAAGAAGCCGAAGGAGCUAAAGGAACUGAACAAAUUGAAGGUGUCGAAGAAGGUGCAGCAGCUGGAAAAGAAAAAGAAGAAGCAGAGGGAGUUGAAGGAGCCGGAAAGGAAAGAUUCGAAGAAGCUGCAGGAGUCAGAAAGGAAACUGAGGAUGCCGAAGGAGCCGAAGGAGCUAAAGGAACUGUACAAGUUGAAAGAGCCGAAGAAGGUGGAGAAGCUGGAAAAGAAAAAGAAGCAGAAGCAGUUGAAGGAGCCGGAAAGGAAAUAGUCGAAGAAGCUGCAGGAGUCGGAAAGGAAGCUGAGGAUGCCGAAGGAGCUAAAGGAACUGAACAAAUUGAAGGUGUCGAAGAAGGUGCAGCAGCUGGAAAAGAAAGAGAAGAAGCAGAAGCAGUUGAAGAAGCCGGAAAGGAAACAGCUGAAGGAGCUGCAGGAGUCAGAAAGGAAGCUAAAGAAGCCGAAGGAGCUAAAGGAACUGAACAAAUUGAAGGUGUCGAAGAAGGUGCAGCAGCUGGAAAAGAAAAAGAAGAAGCAGAGGGAGUUGAAGGAGCCGGAAAGGAAAGAUUCGAAGAAGCUGCAGGAGUCAGAAAGGAAACUGAGGAUGCCGAAGGAGCUAAAGGAACUGAACAAGUUGAAGGUGUCGAAGAAGGUGCGGCAGCAGGAGUUGAAGGAGCCUUAAAAGAAACAGUCGAAGAAGCUGCAGGAGU